UUACGCUCAAUUCAAGCCAUGGGAACUUUAAGUACAAGCAGCCGUCAUUCUACAUCGCCUCUGCCAACACAUCAGUGCAACGUCAAAUGGAGAUCAACUCAACACCCAUUAGAACCGAGGGAUUUUGGGCUGCAGAGGCGAUGUUUUUGGAGCGCGGAGGCCGUGUGUGUUUCCGCGGCAGCAGGAUGAACGUGGGCACCCAAACUAAUCGGUUUAGCACUUGGAAGUCCUUGCAGGGUUGGCAAAGAGUCCUGCACUUUUGCAUGGGAACCAGUAGAUAUUUUUGUCCUGCUACGUGGCCAGGGAAGUGUCAAGGUGGAGCUUGGUGAAUUCUGUCAUCAUGAAUGGCAGCACCAGUGUGUCUGGCACCCAGACAGGACGAAUCAAGAGCGAGUCAGUUGCAGAUACAUGGAGCAAAGAGGACUGUCUGACACUGCUGGAGAGGAUACGCAGUCUGCUCCCUGAUGGAGACACAAUGAAGUAUAAAACCACAGAGUCUCAUUUUGACUGGGAGAAGGUGGGGUUUGGGGGAUUCACUGGAGACAUGUGCAAGCAGAAAUGGCAGAAAGUUUCCACUGAGGUGCGUAAAUACAGAACGAUGACAGAACUGAUUGUUGAUGCUACUGAGCACGUGAAGAACCCUUACAAGGGGAAAAAAUUAAAGACACAUCCAGACUUCCCAAAGAAAGCCCUCACUCCGUAUUUUCGCUUCUUUAUGGAGAAGCGGGCCAAGUAUGCAAAAAUCCAUCCCGAGAUGAGCAACUUGGAUCUCACCAAGAUUUUGUCCAAAAAAUAUAAAGAGCUUCCUGAAAAGAAAAAGCUCAAGUACAUUCAAGAGUUCCAGAGAGAGAAAGAGGCUUUUGAAAAGAACAUGGCUAGAUUCAAGGAAGACCACCCAGAUUUAAUAGAGGAGAGAAAGAAGUCAGACCUUCCAGAGAAGCCCAAGACCCCUCAGCAGCUGUGGUACAACCAUGAGAAGAAGACCUACAUGAAAGUUCACCCAGAGGUAACCCAGAAAGAGCUGAAGGAAGCAUUACGUAAACAGUGGUCCCAAUUAUCAGACAAAAAGAGGCUCAAAUGGAUCAGCAAAGCUCUAGAGCUGCAGAAACAAUAUGAGGACAGCAUGAGAGCGUAUGUUGAAGCUCAUCCGGAUGCAAACUCUGAGGAACACGUCAAAUCUGUCCUGACCAAGGCUGAACGGCAGCUCAAGGACAAGUUUGAUGGCCGGCCAACAAAACCACCACCAAAUGGCUAUUCUCUGUACUGUGCUGAACUAAUGGUAAACAUGAAGGACGUGCCAAGUACGGAGCGAAUGGUGCUGUGCAGUAAGCAAUGGAAGAUGAUGACCCAGAAAGAGAAGGAUAUGUUCCAGAAACGAUGCGAACAGAGAAAGAAACAGUACGAGAUUGACAUUCAGAGGUUUCUUGAGAGUCUCCCAGAAGAGGAGAGGGAGCGUGUGUUGGGAGAGGAGAAGAUGGGAGGCACCAAGCUGAAUAUAGCGGGUGCAGGCAGCCCCCUAAGGGCCAAAUCCCCAUCUGUGAAGGUGGGCAUGUGCAAGGAACGGUGUCGUGACACUGAGCUGGAUCAGUGUGUACAAGGGCUUUCGAAAGAGAAGCGAGACAGUAAGAAGAAAACACGGCUUCCUGAAACGCCGAAGACUCCAGAGGAAAUGUGGCAGCAGAGUGUGAUAGGAGACUAUCUGGCUAAAUACAGAAAUGACCGGAAGAAAGCACAGACUGCGAUGGAUGCCGCUUGGAAGGCCAUGGAAAAGAAGGAGAAGAUUCCUUGGAUCAAGAAGGCUGCAGAGGACCAGAAGCGAUACGAGGUUCAGUACCGGACCGUGAGAGAGCUGUUAGAAAUGAGGACAGUUCUGUCUGGACAGGGACAAAGAAAACCUAAAUUCGAUGGCGAGCCUAAGAAGCCACCAGUGAGCGGGUAUCAAAUGUUCUCUCAGGAACUGCUAACUAACGGUGAGCUGAAUCACUUCAGCCUGAAGGAGCGCAUGGUGGAGAUCGGCAAGAGAUGGCACAAGCUUAGUCAGAUCCAGAAGGACAAGUAUAAAAAACAGGUGGAGGAGCAACAACUAGAGUACAAAGCCGAGCUUGACGCUUGGGUAAAGUCACUAUCCCCUCAGGAGCGUGCGGUAUAUAAAGAGUUCUCAUCUACGAAACGGCGAAGCACUACAAAAGCACGAGGUCCCGCGGCGAAAGUCCAAGUCACCAAGGGGAAGGCGGUAGGUGCCAGAGCCGCGACGGUGGGUCCUGGGGGGGGCAAGCGUUCCAUGGCGUACCGGGCCAAGCAGGACACGUCGGACUCAGAUGAAGAUGAUGAGAAAACAGAUACGUCAGAUUCGGAGGAUGAAGAUGAUGAGUCAUCUGGCAGCACUGAUAGUGAUGAUGAUGACGAAGAUGAUGAGAAUGAAGAUGACGAUGAUGAUGACGACGACAAUGAUGAUGAUGACCAAUCGGACGGUUCCAGCAGCUCAUCAUCAGAAGAUAGUAUUGACUCUGAUUCAGACUAACCUGUCCCACCCCCUCUUAGAGGGGGUUGUGCCGGACACACCCCCUAGCAACACCCCUCCUGGAAAACAGGGAGGAGGUCCAGUAGCUGUGAGCUCACAGCAUGCAGUAAUCUGGCUCCUUGUCUUUACAGGGAAAAAAACAGGAUGGGGGCCAGCAGCUCUCCCGUCACCCAUGUCCAUGUGUCAUGCGACUUGAAGUCAAUUGGACAACUGUUUUUUUUUUUUGUUUUUUUUUUUUAAAGGAGCUGUGUUACACGUGUGGCAAUAGCAUCAAUUUUAUUGCCUUUAUAUAGGUGUGUUAUUAAAAUCUGUGUUGUUUUGUUCUUUUUAUUUUAACUUGGAAAUAAUUUGUUCAUUUAAGCCGGUUGAGCUUUUAUAAGUUACGAAAGUAUCAGGGUUGCUCAGAGGUGGAUGUUAGGGAUGAAAGACUUUGAAAUGAAGGAGAUGAAUUCUCCUGUUCUCCUGUUUAUAUUUGUUUGCCUCACUUAGUUGCUGGGGCUCUGAGGGCUAUAAGAGCUGCUCAAGUCUUGUUUGGAUCAUUCUGUUGCAGAUCCUCUAUAAUAAAUGCACUUUUCCCCUCUUGUA